AUGGGAGGCUCCCACAAACAUGUUCCUCUUCAGAAACUUGUAAAAAAGCCCCUGACUGUUUUUGCAAAGCUGUUAGGCAAAGAUGGAGACCUAUGCACUCAUGAGAAGCAACAAUACCACAGGGAUUCCGUGCAAGCAGCAAAAGACUUUCUGAAGGUCUGUAAUGCACCAGAGAGGAAUAUUAUGAACAGGAUUAGUUCACUUCGACUACAGCAGGUCCAAGAGAACAGACAGAGAUUGAAGCCUUUAAUAGAAACCAUCCUGUUUCUUGGCAGACAGAACAUACCUCUUCGAGGACAUCGAGAUGAUGGAGAAUUAUUUACAGAAGCUGACACAGAACCACUGAUUAAUGAAGGAAAUUUUAGAGAGCUUCUGCGAUUUAAAGUUAACAGUGGGGAUGCUGCUCUGGCAAAACACCUUGAGAACUCACGAGCAAAUGCAACUUAUAUCAGCAAAACUACUCAAAAUCAGCUGAUUGAAUGUUGCGCAGAAGAGAUCAGGACUGUUAUUCUUGAACGUGUCAAAGACGCAAAAUUUUACUGUGUAAUAUUUGAUGAAACUACUGAUAUUUCCCACUGUUCUCAGUUGAGUAUUUGUUUAUCGUAUGUGUACAAGGGCCAAAGACAUGAAGACUUCAUUGCAUUUGAAAAUGUUCAUAUGGCUUGCUUCAAGGAUUUGUCCCUAUCUUUUGAGCCUAAAGUGAGUGGCAGAGUGCUGGGCCAGCUUGUAAUUAGUCAAAUGAAAAAGUUAAAUUUAGAUCUGCUGAAUUGCGUUGGAAUUGGCACAGAUGGAUGUUCCCUGAUGAUCUCAGAGCAGCUGGGUGCAGUUGCAGAGAUACAAAAGGAGGCCAAAUAUGCUACAAGAUGUCCUUGCUUUAACCAUGCAUUAAACUUGUCAAUGUCCAAGACUUCAUCAGUUCAGAGUGUACGCAACAGUAUUGGCAUCAUCAAGGAAGUUUUAUCUUUUUUUAAUGCUUCAGCUAAGCGAAAUCAUAUUCUUAUAAAUGUUGUUGAUGCACAAUUAAAGGGCAUGUGCGAAACACGUUGGGUAGAGAGAAGUGAAAGCCUGAUUCAAUUUCUUGACCGAAUAGAAAAAAUUGUACAAGCACUUGAAUGUACAUCACAAUGGAAUGAAACAGCAACAUCCAUUGCAGCAAAGAGUUUGUUAAUUUCAAUCAAAAGUGUUGAUAACAUAGUGGCAUUGCACUGCCAGUUGUCAAUUUUUGCUCUGAGUCUACCACUUAGCCGGCUGUUCCAAAAGAAAACUCUAGAUUUUACUGGUGCUGCUACCCUUGUCACUGAUCUCCUAUCAGUUCUGAACAACCAGCGUUUCAAUUGUAUUCAAGAGUUUUCAACAAUAUUUGCAAAAGCAUCUGAGGUGUUGUCAAAGUUAGAUGUUCCAAAAGAAUUACCCAGAAUAACGAAAAAUCAAAUGAAUAGACCAAAUGUGCCAUUUUCCACACCAGAGGAGUAUUACAGAAGGUCAAUAUACAUUCCUUUGCUAGAUUCUGUAAUAAGUGAUUUGCAAAGCAGAUUUUCAGUGGAAACUUUGACAUCUUGUGAACUCACCUGCUUGCUGCCAAGAAACAUCUUGCAUUUGAACAAAGAAUUACUGACAUCGAAAGUAAAUACAUUUUGUAAAACCUAUUGUCAUCUUUUACGGGCCAAACCUGGACUGGAAUGUGAACUACUAUCAGAGGUUCAACUCUGGAAGAAGAAAUGGUUACGGUUGGCUGACUCCAUGCCUCUUCCAGAGUCUGUCGAAGAAGCUUUGCACAAUUGUGAUGAAGAUGUUUAUUCCUUAGUGAACUCACUUCUGAGAAUUCUUUUAACGUUGCCCAUCAGCGUUGCUUCAGCAGAAAGGAGCUUCUCUUCACUACGGCGUUUGAAGACAUGGUUGAGAAACCAUAUGGGUCAGGAAAGGUUGACUGGUCUAGCUCUUCUACACACCCAUCGGGAAAUUGCAGUUGACAUUGACAAAGUAAUUGACCGCUUUGCGAACAAUGGAAAACGAAGACUGGAGUUUGUGUUAUAA